ACGAAAUAACUGCAAUCAUGAUUAAGUUGUUGGUUCUUGCAUCGCUGCUCGUGUCAGCAUAUGCUGCUAAAUCGUACAGUGGAUAUCAGGUGCUCCGUAUCACCCCUCAAAGUGAAGAUGACCUGACUGUACUCUCCAUGAUUGAGAAGUCUAUCAGUGAUAUGGUGGACUUCUGGAAAACCCCACGUUCAGUUGGAAUCCCCGUUGAUAUCAUGGUAUCGUCGGAGUAUCGUGAGGUUAUUACUCGCUUUAUACAGACACGCGGUCUCCAAGUCGAAGUCAUGAUCGACGAUGUCGAAAAAUUAUCCGAGCAACAGAAAUUGAGAGAGUCACCCUCCACCGCUAAUUUCGACUUCGCCAGCUACCACGAACUGUCUGAAAUCAAUGAUUGGAUGACGAGUUUCGCUGCUUCCAAUUCCAUUCUGGUUUCCCUGGAGAACCUGGCAACAUCUUAUGAAGGACGUACAAUUAGGGCUCUAAAGGUAGGUGCUCCUACAGGCUCUACUAAACCAGUGAUCUGGCUUGAGGGCGGUAUUCAUUCUCGUGAAUGGGUUUCCCCUGCUGCUAUGAUGUAUAUGACAAACAUGCUUGUCGAGGGCUAUGGCAACGAUGCUGACAUCACAAGCAUGUUGGAUGAUUUCGAUUUCUAUAUGAUCAUCAACUACAAUCCUGAUGGUUACGAAUACACCUGGACCAACGAUCGUAUGUGGAGAAAGACCCGAAGUAACAACAUUGGACGUUUGUGUGAUGGAGUAGACCCCAACAGAAACUGGGAUUUCCAGUGGGGAAACGCUGGUACCAACCCCUGUGCCGACGAUUAUCAGGGUUCUAACGCACAUUCUGAGCGGGAGGUUAAAGAGGUUACCGACUUCAUCCUCGGUCUCAACGAUGUCAGGGUAUUCAUUGAUUUCCAUGCUUACAGUCAGAUGUGGUUGACGCCAUGGGGAUAUACCUAUCGUCUACCUAGCGACUACACUGAACAGUACACAGUAGCUCGUGAUGCUGUUAAUGCACUCAAUGCAGUAUAUGGAACGGACUAUGUCUAUGGUAGCAUCGCAAAUACCAUAUACCCAGCAUCAGGAUCGAGUGUUGAUUGGGCGUAUGGAGUAGCUGGUAUCAAACACUCGUAUGCUGUCGAGCUCCGAGAUACCGGUCGCUACGGUUUCCUUCUUCCCGCUAACCAGAUCAUUCCUACCGCCAUCGAAACAUUUGAAGCUGUCAAAGUCAUCGUUAAGGCCGUCACUUACUAAACUGACAUCUUACCCACGGGAAGGAAUAAACAAUCCCUGCAACCGUGGUAGCACCCAUACAUUCCAAAGAAACAAUAACUGUAACCAAACAUUAACAGGAUUCUAGCAACUGAAUUAUCCGUUAAAAAAUCUUCUGUAAAAUUAAUCAUUGGAUAAAAAAAUCGUCUGACGGUGCAUGCACCCAAGGUCAUAACAGUCGUAUUUCAUGAUGCUGGACUUAUGUUUAGUAAAAUUUUAGUAAAAUGAAUAUUAUGAUUUUUCUUAGUGGUUGAUGUGGGCCAGUGGGGGUAUCUUGUACUUCAGUUAUUUCUUAAAAUAAAGAUGAUUGUUAAAAAUUUA